CAAAUUAAAUGAAAUCAGUUGAAAAGUAAUGUCCGCCAGUUGCGGUCGGCUACGAAACAUCUUGAUGUAAUAAAUUUACGAUUUAUAUUUAUUUUGUUUCGUUUUUAAACCUAAAAUCGUGUUGUUCUAGUUGUAAAUAUUGUGCAUUUGUGUCGACGGUACAGGGUUCUUCUUUUACGGAUUUACUCGAACAGGUGAUGUCGAUAAGGGCACCUCGAAUGGAUCGAUAUCGGUGACUUUGAGUUGGGGUGAAAAAUACGAAAAGAAAAGGGUUGUUAUCAUGGAGAAGUCCGCUCGGCCGCGGACAGCUCUCAAUGAGUGUGUGAAGGUGGUGGUUCGAUGUCGGCCGCUCUCGGAGAAGGAGAAGAAUGAGGGCUACGAGGAGGUGAAGAAGAAGCGCACAGAGCAGACUUGGUACGAGCGGCUGUCCACUAAGACUCCGGUGGACAAUAAAGCAUGUGAUGUCCGUUUACAGGUGGUGAAGGUAUGGCCGGAGCGCGGCGCCGUGCAGGUGUACAGCCCCAAGGGGCAGGACAAGAUGUUCACGUACGACGCCGCCUACGACUGCACCGCCGACACACAGACCAUGUACGAUGAAAUGGUGCGGCCGCUGGUGGCGUCAGUGCUGGAUGGGUUCAAUGGCUGCGUGUUUGCCUACGGGCAGACCGGCACGGGCAAGACGCACACGAUGGAAGGCACGGCCGACCACGAGGGCAUCAUCCCGCGCGCCUUCCGCCACAUCUGGGCACACAUCGAGAACAGCGCCUCGCCCGACGUCACGCACCUCGUCUCCUGCUCCUACAUCGAGCUCUACCUCGAGGACGUCAGGGACCUGCUGUCCAAGGACUGCAAGAAGCUGACCAUCAGGGGACAGGAGCUGAACGGGUUCUACAUCCCGGAGAUGACGUCGGUGGUGUGCAAGAGCGCGGCGGAGAUGGUGCGCGUGAUGCGCGCCGGCAACCGCAACCGCGCGGCCGGCCGCACCGACAUGAACGAGCACUCCUCGCGCAGCCACGCCGUCUUCCUCGUCACCGUCGAGACGGCGCACCGCAAGACCAACAGGAUACGGGUGGGGAAGCUGAACCUGGUGGACCUGGCGGGCAGCGAGCGCCAGCGCAAGACGGGCGCGUCCGCCGAGCGGCUGCGGGAGGCCUCGCGCAUCAACCAGGCGCUGUCCUCGCUCGGGAACGUCAUCUCCGCGCUCGCCGAGAACAGCCCGCACGUGCCCUACAGGGACUCGAAGCUGACGCGCAUCCUGCAGGACUCGCUGGGCGGGAACAGCAAGACCAUCAUGAUCGCCAACAUCGGGCCCGCCUCCUACAACUACGACGAGACCAUCACCACGCUGCGGUACGCGCACAGGGCUAAAGCGAUAAAGAACAAGCCGGUCCGCAACGAGGACCCGAAGGACGCGAAGCUGCGCGAGUACCAGGCGGAGAUAGAACGGCUGCGCGCGCUCAUCUCGCAGCGCCGCACCAUCGACCGGCGCCCGCGCAAGCAGCCCAAGCAACGCUCGCAGCCAGCGCCGUCUGACAACUCUGAAGAGGAGACAGUCAGUAUAGAAAACGAAAACAUACUGGCCGAGUCUACGAUAGAACAGGAGAAGAAGCAGAUGGAGGAGCUGGAGCAGCAGAUCCGCGCGCUGGAGGAGCGGCUGGUGCAGGGCGGCGGGGGGAAGGACCUCAUCAACAACCUCAACGAGGCGCAGCUCAUCCUCGAGCAGCGGAACAGCGAGAUCACGGAGCGCAAGAAGCGGGAGGUGGAGAUGCAGCAGAAGAUAGAGCUGGAGGAGGAGACCACCGCCAUCGUCACCAACACCUUCGCCACGCUGCAGCAGGAGGUGGACCACAAGACGCAGCGGCUGAAGAAGUGCCUGGCGCGGUACGGCGGGCUGCGCGAGGAGAUGGUGGAGCAGCGCGAGGCGCACGACGCGGAGCGGCGCGAGCUGGAGGCGCUGCAGGCCGCGCUCAUCGCCGAGCUGCGCCGCCGCCUGCUCGUCGCCGACAGCUUCGUGCCGCUGGCCGGGCGGCCCGCCGUGCUGCGCGCGCGGUACAACGACGACACCGACCUCUGGGAGCUACGGGACCACACGGGCGUAGAGCCACUGACGACGCGGCCCGGGGCCGCCGGGCGACGGCGCGGCGCCAGCGCGCGGCCCGCCCGGCGCCGCGCUGAGAACGUGUUGGACCUCACGCCCAUCCCCCUGCCCCCCACCACGCGCCUGUACUCGGCGCCGCGGCUGGCGCCCAGCCUGGCGCCCGCGCUGGCGCCGGCCCCCCGCAAGGACGAGGUGGAGGCGGUGGGCCCCGUGGGCGGCGUGGCGGUGGCCGCGGUGGCCCCCGUAGGGGGGGUGGCGGGGCGCAAGUCGGCGCGCGCGCGGCCCAGCACGGCGCACCACCGGCUGGGCACGGCCGGCGUGCGGUAGUGCCCAGGUGGCUGGUCCGAAGUCCCGUACGUUCCGGUCGCGGCCGGCGUCUCCACGGAAAUGUGUCGAAGUACAUUUCUCGUGCGAGAGCGGCGCGUACUCGCGAUGCCCCCGCCCUUGUUGUAAGUUUUAUACAAUCCGAUCGAUCGACCCGGAGCUUGCCCGCCGCCCGCCCGCGACGUGCAGUGCGUGGUCCCGGCGCAGCGAUGUCCAGUAGCGAGGCGCCGGUACGUCGCGGCGACGCGAGCCUCAUCAUGAUCUCACUUCAUUUCCCAGUAUUUAAAAGACAAAGAUUCCUUUGUAUAUUACUUUAAAUACAUAACGAGUAUGUAUUGUAUAAGUGGUAGCUACGAAUUGCACGAUGGAGUCAGGGAGACGUCGCGCACACUGCUGCUCGUAUUGUUUAGUUGUUGUUUGUUUUAUAAGAUUUUAUUUUACCAUUGUUGUCUCUUUUGUUUUUGUAAAAUUUUAUUUUGUGCCUCGGUACCAACACACGUGUUUGAGCUAGUGAUAUUAGAUAGUUACAUUUACAACGAUGGAAAUUAUGCCGUGGAGCGAGUUGUUGGUAUUGUCGAUCCGUAUAUAUUGAUGUAUUAUUUCGAGGGCCUUGUACAUAGAGGGAUGUGAUGUACCGUAUGUUCAAACAAGUUACCAAAGAGUCCGCCGUCCUCAGCCGGCGCAGAGCUCCGCUCGGUGCUCGCGUUCCAUUACGUGUAAAUUUAUUUGUGGAUAUGUUGAUAAUUAUAAUUUCUAAACAGUUUCUAGUCAAUGAUGAUGAAUUAUAUUCUUGUAUACAAAAUAUUGUAAAUAAAGGUAUUUUAGGUAUUUGAAAAGUAUCCUUAAUAUCGAGUAUGGAAUAGAGUAAGUAGGUUGCUAAUUAGCGCACAAUACUUUUUGAAUACCAUUUGUAAUACUGCGCGCAUACCGGCGGUGGCCAAUGUUGGCCAUUGGUGGCCAGUAGAGGUCAGCAGUGGCCAGCAGUGGCCGGUAGUGGCCAGACUUGCCAGUGGUGGCAGACUGCGGGUGCGUGGAAGUCACAAGCCACGCUCGCGCCGUCCACACUCUACUUACUUGCUUUAAAUUAAAUCAAUUUAUAUUUUGGGAUUGUGAGUUAUUUAUGAUGUAUUCCUUGUAUUGGCUUUAUAUUUAAUUUAAUUUAAAUUAUGAAUGAAGAGGAUCAUGUAUUGUGAUAUUUAUAAUUUGGUAACUGCUAGUCAGUCGUGCCGCAUACACGCUUAUACUCACUAAUGAAAUAAACAUUUUAAAUUGUA